AUGGCUCGGAGCACAUCAUCCGGCGCAUCCAGCGCAUCCAGCACCUCCAGCACCGGCUCUACCGUAGCCGUGCGCUCUUCACCGUCAAAGGUCCAACCGACCCGGGGGAGACGCAUAGGCUUGCGAACAGGCACCAGGAGCUCCCCGUUAGGAGGGGCGACCGCACUUGAAGUCUUGUCUCCGGAGCUCGACGACCUGCCUUUGCUGUCCUCGUUCCCCCCCGGGUCGUCUCCUCCGGCGGACAUUUCGUCUACUUCACCCUCCUCAAGGGGCACACUCUCUUUUGCUUCACCGUUCGAGCCUGAACGGUCUUCUCCGACGCCCAGCCCUCCUAUCGAGACUGCGCGCAAAAGCAAAAGACCCUCUAACCGAAGCACAGUGAAGCGAAAGGCAGACGAAUCUCUCGACGCCGCCAGUCCCUCGAAACGGCCAAAGCAGACCGACGACUCCCCCGAGAAUGCCAGACAGGUUUCGAAGGCCUCGAUCGGACAGCUGCAGGAGAAGCCCGCCGUCAUUGAAGAGCGCAAUGGCGAGAUCGAGUUCAGGGUGGUCAACAACGAUGGCAGCAGGGAGAGCAUCAUAAUUCUCACGGGUCUGAAGUGUAUCUUCCAGAAGCAGCUGCCGAAGAUGCCGAAGGAUUACAUUGCGCGGCUUGUGUAUGACCGGACACAUUUAUCCAUGGCCAUAGUCAAGAAGCCGCUUGAAGUCGUUGGCGGCAUAACCUACCGCCCCUUCAAAGGUCGUCAGUUCGCCGAAAUCGUCUUCUGCGCCAUCUCCUCGGACCAACAAGUCAAAGGCUACGGCGCACAUCUGAUGUCGCAUCUCAAAGAUUACGUCAAAGCAACCUCCGACGUAAUGCACUUCCUCACCUACGCGGACAACUACGCAAUCGGCUACUUCAAAAAGCAAGGUUUCACCAAAGAGAUAACCCUCAGCAAGCCGCGCUGGAUGGGCUACAUCAAAGACUACGAAGGCGGCACCAUCAUGCAAUGCAGCAUGGUACCCAAGAUCCGCUACCUCGAGUCGCAGCGCAUGCUCACCAAGCAGAAAUGCUGCGUCGACAAGAAGAUAAAAGCAAUCUCCAACUCCUACAAAGUCCACCCCCCGCCCUCACAGUGGAAAAACGGCGUCCAUCCAAUCGACCCCCUCACCAUCCCCGCGAUCAAGGCCUCCGGCUGGUCCCCCUCUAUGGACGAGCUAGCCCGCGCGCCCCGCCACGGCCCGAACUACAACCAGCUGCUGCACCUCCUCAACUCCCUCCAGAACAACAGCAACGCGUGGCCCUUUAUCCAGCCUGUCAACAAGGACGAGGUCCAGGACUACUACGACGUCAUUACGAAUCCGAUGGAUCUGAGCACCAUGGAGGAGAAGCUCGAGAAGGACCAGUAUGAGACGGCGGAGGAGUUUUUGAGGGAUGCGAAGCUCGUGUUUGAUAACUGUAGGAAGUAUAAUAGCGAGAGUACCCCGUAUGCGAAGGCGGCAAAUCGCUUGGAGAAGUUCAUGUGGGGAAGGGUCAGGGAGGUGCCGGAGUGGGCGCACUUGGAGGCGGAGCUGGGGAGUGGCGCGAAGUGA